ACGGAACCAGGUCUAAUAUUAUCAUGACCGUGCACUUCCGUAUUUUGAGGUCUCUCGUUCAACAUGGUGUAAUCAGCAAGUAAUAAAAAUGAAGUUUUUGUGCUGAUAAUAUUUACAACAUACAAUCUGAACAUGGCACAUCCGUCCAGUGAGUUUAAUGAUCCCGAAGUACUUCGGACAUGUCUACAAAUGCUGGGUGAUGAAGGUUCCAAACAGGAAGUGAGGGUUGCAGUGGAGACGCUUCUGAAGCUGAGCAGGAAUCUGAGCAGCCACCCGGGUGAUGAAAAGUACCGAAAGAUCCGUAAGGAGAACAAGGCUAUACAUGAAAAGCUACUUAAGUUUGACGGGGCCAAGGAAUUCCUGCUGGCCAUGGGAUGGACAGAGAUUGACGAUAUGCUGAUGUAUCUGGAGGAUCAUGAUCUCUCCGUUACAACAAACAUCCUGGAGGAACACCUACACACACUGCCACCGCCUCAGAGCGCAGCGACCUCCCCGCCAGCAGCGUCACCUGCAGCUCCCACUGAGACUGCAGCAUGGACCGAGGCAGAGCUAAAACAACGAGAUGAAAAACUAGAAAAAGAGAAGAAAAGAAGAAUGGAAGAAUAUCAAAGAAUGAAAAAAGAAAGGGAAGCAAUUAAGAAACAGAUUAAAGAGGACAGAAAGGACACCCAGACAAGGGAAGUCAAGGACUCGCAUGCAAGACAGCUUAAUUUUGGUGCCAAUGUAAAGAAAUUUGAAAACAGGGGUGGCGGAUGAGGGUAAUCUGACUUCCACAGCUGAGCGCCAACUUUAGUUCCCAGUGUCAUCUUGUCAAGUUCAAACCUUCAUUUCAUAAGGGAUACCACUGUCUCUAAUCUCUGUCUUCUUAUUGAACAUCUCUCACAGUUUAUUUGGUCAGAUAAUUUUAGCAUCAUGUGACUGGUAAAGUGCAUAAUUUAUCUUCAUUGGUUGGAGAUAAUAUCUUGGGGAAGGGAGAUAACCCACUGUGUUAAGAUUAGAACUGGUAUGUUAGCUUUUAUAACUUCUGUCACAGAAUCCGUUGUCAUUUAUUUGCAUUUUUAGUUCAGUUAUUGAUGGGUGGCCCCCGGUUCUAUGUUAAUGACGACACUUGUCACAAGCCACACUGAUUGGCUGGCAGGUGUCUGAUCCUCGGAACUGGGGCUCUGGGAAUUAUUUGUGCGGUCUGUCUUGGGAGUCUGAAGUGUUCAUAUACUGUUGAAUAUGUGCAGUGAAGGGAGUUUAUAUGGUAUAACGUGGUUGAUGUGUACCAGAUGUGGAGAUUGUUUUCUUUGGGCUGAAUGGAUGUGAAUAUGUAAAUAGACAGGUUUAUCUGGCCAUUAGUCAAAUACAACACAAUUCCCCUGUACAGUGUUGUGCCACACACACAAUCUAAUUCUCUGUGUCAAUCUAGGUUACUCACACAACAUAGUUUUCCUCUUACGGAUCUGUUACACACACAA